GUAAACCAAAUUCCAAAACAUUUACGUAUGAGCUAGAUACCGGAAUGGUGUCACAAAACAUUAAAGCUCGAUGAUUUCCUUUUGGUAAUUAUUAUGAACAACAACUCGGAUAAAAACGAUGUUAUUUUGGACGAAAAGGAGGUUACGAAGGACAGUCAAGUUCUAAAACAUAUUGAAAACCAUCAGAAUAUCUGCAAAGCAAACAACUCUUUGAGCUCACAAUUUCGCAUAGCCUCUGGACAAAAGGUAGAACAAAAAGGUCAAGCGAUGAAUUACCGAGAUAACAGCUAUGGAGAAUCUAAUCUUUCAGAUCCAGUUUGCUCCCCGACUUGUAGUUGCCAAUCGGCUGACACGAAUGGAGAGGACGUGAAUCCCAGAGUUGCCUGUGGAGAAGGUUGUUUGGACUCUGCAUCCCCUUCGUCCAGUGAAAUGUCCCAAAACGGGAGCUAUUACAGCUAUGGGCAAUCUCUGCCAGAGCUUGAUUCCGCAUCGAAUGACACCAUUGUCAAUAAACCCAUGGCGGACUCUCCAGUUGGUUGUGUUAGUCCUGGCUGCUCCAAGGAUUCCUGUACAUAUUGCCAGAAGGCAAAUAGUGGCCUGGAGCAGCAGUUUAAUCUUUGCCAGGAGCAGCAACAUAUGAUGCCAGUGCCGAUGGGCGUGGAUCCAAGGACGGGAUUACCCGUAUUCUGUUACUCGACUCCAGUAUGUUAUUCAGGAAAUGCGAUGUACUCCAUGCCAGACAUGCAAAUACCUCAAAGUCAACGAGGCGGUGGUGGCCACCAUAACGAGGAAAUCGGCAACCAAUUUGAAGCUUCCUCAUCAUCUUUCUCAGAAAACUGUCACUCCUCUUACCAGAAUCCAAGCGGUUUUGACAUGGAAGCCUUAAUGCAGAAGUACCAGCAAAGUGUUCAACAGUGUUACGCCACUGCCCAACAAAGUUUAAUUUCCCAAAACACAGGAUCUCAACAAUCCUAUGCAACUGGUCAAUCUCAGCCGUAUUUUAACAACUUUCCUCAAAGAACUCAACAACCUUAUAGCCAUCCCAAAGAAGGUACUCAGCAAAUGUUUGGAAGUUCAGACAAUCAAGCAACUCAACAAUUUUAUGAAAGCCCGAAUCAAGAAUAUCAGCAGGUUUCAGCUAAUCAACAGGCUUUUACUUUCCCGUUUGGGUCUCAGCAAUAUUAUGCCAACUCUAGUCUAGGAGCUCAACAAUACUUCCCCCCAUCGAUGACAAUACCUGAAACUAACUUCUUUGGUAAUAAUACUGGCUUUACGAGCGAUUCUCUGCAGACGCAAACAGUGUAUUCCUCUGAUUACAAGCCAUUUGCCAGCGAGGGCAAUCAUUUCAACCACUUUCCCAAUGGCAUAGACAUCGGCUUGGCCGCCGAGUCCUGUCCCAUCUACGGUCCAGUUGGAACCGCUGGCCUGGCUGAGAUGAGCACCGGUGGCCAGGUCUAUGGCAUGGGCGGUGUCUGUGAAAUGAAUAUGAACUCCUACCCUCUUAGUCAAAUGAGUUACUCAAAUCCAUAUAGCUACGAGAUGCCUGUAUCCCAGCCCAGCUAUAAUCAUGCGACAAAUAUGGCAAUGAAUGGUAGAAGUCCAAUGUAAUCUCACCGAAGAAUCAAAAAAAGCUUGCUUGUGGAAAAAAAAAAUAUAUGCGUGUUGAACAAUUUUAUUAAAAAUAAAACCACAACUAA